AUGAGAAAAGAGGGCGUGGGGGUUUUCGGCAAUCUGCGAAGACGUUAUCAAUUAGUGAUGUCUGUUCGAAUAAACCUGUACAACUUUGGGGGCCUGGCAGUCAGGGAACUAGGCAAACGGAUAAGCACAACCGGUCUUCAUCAAGGAGACAGGCGUCCUCAGUUUGCUGUGAUAACACGGGUUUAUCAUGUGAAGGCAAUGCCUAAUAUCUGUCUGAGUUUUUUUCGGGAAUUUCUUCUGCGUUUAUUUCCUGUUAAAGAAGAGUCAUCGGGUGCUAUAUUAUCGAUACCAAUUGCAGCAAAUGGUGCACGAGAUGAUUUGCUAGAAUUGGCCACCAAAGCAUAUGCCCAUUCGUUGCGUGAGUUCCACGACUGGGCCACACAUGGCUUUUCUCUGGUACUUUUGAAA